AUGGCCGACUUGUCGUGGCAUCGAUCUGUGGCAUCAAGCUCGCAAUCAACGGCCCCAGUGACGCCCCUCGAAUCGACGUGGGAUUCGGAAUUCCUGCCAUGCGCCUCUACUGCCUCAUUAUUUCUGUUCUCGCAAGGUUCUGUCAUUCUAUGUCUGCAUCAUGAUACCUUGGCCAUCGAGCGCCGGUUUUCAUUGCACCAAGAGAGGAUCGCCUUCAUAUGUGUCGACAAUGUCAGUGAACGCGGAGCCGGUCGAUUGGUGGUGAGCUAUGAUUAUGCGCAAACUGCUAUCGUCUGGGACCUUUUCACGGGCAGCGAGAUCUCACGAUUCGCUUCGUUCGAACCUUUACGAGUAGCUGCCUGGAUGAGAAAUGGCAAUGUGGCCUUCGGAAAUGGCAAGGGAGAAGUGAUCCUUUUUGAGCCCUCCACAUCAGAACAUAUCUCUGCCCGCACAAUAUUUGAUCCUAUCACAUCAUUGGCUCCUGGGUCAGACUGUCGAACCUAUGCUAUUGGCUAUCAAAAUGGUUCUAUCUUGAUAGCCACCUUGCAUCCUACAUUCACAAUUCUUCACACCUUAACCACUGCUCGUGGGCCCUCGCCGAUUGUUUGUGUCGCCUGGCACGCCUCAUCUUCAAAGCAAAAGUCUGAUAUGCUUGCUACGCAAACCUUGGAUGGCGAUCUUCGAGUGUGGAGUGUGGCAAAGGCCCCGUCAACCGAAUCCCCUCGCGUGAUCCGGCCUAUAAAGAGAACAGAACCUUAUUCAUCAGGCCCCAAGUGGAUUGCAUGGUCGAAAAAUGGGAAGAUUGUACAAUAUUCUGACAGGGAAACCUGGGUCUGGGACGUUCGAACUAAAAACGUCACAUAUGUGACGAUCCCAACAAUCGAGGACGUUCUAGGAAUGGCUAACUACGGCCCGACCGCCACUCUCUUCACACUCGGUCCUAAUGAUACCGUCCAGCAAUAUGACUUGGAUAAUCCUGCUAUGGUGGCAAAUGUACGCCAUCUUCCUUUGGACCAGUCAGCGGCCAUAGAAGACCCAAAGCUUAGACCAAACUCACCGGCAUACUUUGACAGAGGUGGUGCUAUUCACAGUGCCCAUGGAUUCCGAGGGCCAGAAGUGUCGAUUCACGAGAUAGCCACCCAACAACGGGCAAAUAUGACCAGCCCCAUGUCGGUUCGCAGUCACACAAACUCGAUCAGUUCGCGAGCUUCGUCUGGGCGAGUCCGACCGUUCUCUCCCCCGGUCAAAUCGACCUACAGUGGCACCACUUUUUCCAUGACUUCACCACUUGGUCGCCAGCCUUCCCAAACCGGCACUUCGAUUGCAUAUGGCUCUUCUGCAUCCGUUGUCUCCUCUGUCCGCUCACGUGGCGGCUCACGUCUCAAAAACGAAGUUUCCCGAAGCCCUACAGAUAAACCGUUGGAGGACCUAUUCCCCUUCACAAGAGCACGGCUUAACGAUGUUCCGUACAACCAACAUGCUCCUCCCCUUGAUGAAUCCCGUUUAACUCCGGAGGACUUGCGACGGCAAAUGCUUAGGGUGGUUUUUGGGUGGGAAGGAGAUAUUGAGGAACUGAUUCACGAUGAACUAAGCCGUCACGCUCCGAACAGUCAGAACGCAAUAUUUCUAUCACGCUGGCUUGGAGAACAUGAUCCUACGCAAAUAAUGGCCAUGCUCAGUAAUGGUCCCGUUAGUUCAUCUGCUUGGAUGUUUCUUGCUCUCAGUCAAAUGGGUGGUCAAGAACAAUCUAAUAAGGUUGGUCAAAGUUUCGUACAACGACUGCUGGAAGUUGGUGAUAUCCAUGCUUCUGCCACCAUACUUUUGGCUCUAGGAGACAAAAAUGACGCUAUCGAAGUUUACGUGUCCCGUAACUAUUUCAUGGAAGCUAUCCUGAUGACUUGUCUCUUGCUGCCCGGUGACUGGCAACGGCAAUCGUAUCUCGUUCGUCGGUGGGGCGAGCAUGUGGUAUCGAAUUCCCAGCAGCAACUAGCUAUCCGGUGCUUCAUGUGUACAGGAGCUGAGCCCUCCGAACCAUGGAGGUCUCCUACAGCCCCCACUGCUCCUUAUCGUGAUAUUCGCGUAACCUCGCCUGUCUCAGAACCGCAGCCACAGCCAGCCGAUCAAUCGCGACCGGAUCAAGCUAAUCGGAUGACCGUGAAGAACUCGGCACUCAAACUUAUUACAUCAUUUGGUCCUCAAGCGAAUCAAUUCAAAUUCCCUGGUCUCAAGUCUGAUGACCGUACCCCUACAAAUGCUCCAGGGAUCACACCCAUUGCUGAAUCGGCCGUUGGAGAAUCUGCUCUUUCACCGGGGGGCCUUGGUGCCUACAGGCUCAAUAACAUUCGGAACAUCAAUAAUGCAAUGUCUUCCAGAACUGGCACCCCCAGUAUUACGCAUCGUCGCCAACGUCUACCUUCCAUCGGUGAAACACCGGUUGAUGUUCAACCACCCAGCUUCCCCCAAAGAUCACUUGCCAGAUCCGGAGACUCGAGUUCGGGAAAGGAAAGGGCAAGCGACUCUAACGCUGAAGACGAGGGUGCUGCGAAAGAUAGCGGUGUAUCUACGUUACUAUUAUCUUCUGCUCGAUAUGAACCAGGAGAAACCAGUCAUGGUCCCAGCCCACAAACCGCUGUGCAAGCAGCACCAAACAAAUUCCAUGGCAUUAAGGGUCUACCCUCCCCGGCCGCUGGCGUUUUUGAGACUCUAAAGGAGUACAGUCUAACCAGAAAUGGUUCCCGGGAUCGUAAGCCGGAGGGUCUUCAUAUCCAAUGGCCCCCUAUCGAUACUUCUGAGUCUGAAACUGGCGGAUACCCUUCAUAUUCUGAAAAUACUGAUGGUGAUGGUAAAAGCCCGGCAUCGGUUUUCCAUGGCCUACGUGCUACCAAGAGCCCCCUUGUCAGUGGUCGCAGCAUCGAUCAGUACAUCAGUAGUCUCGAUGAGGCCAACUAUUAUGCCAAGCAAUUCCGCCGCCCUCAAGCAAAGCCGGCGGGUCAUGGGGACACCAGUGGUAGUGAGCACAAGCAUAAAUCUAGGAACCCGUCGGUGGAAUCCCGUGGUCGACCUAAUACCCGGUAUAUUGCGCCAGCAAAGCGAUCGCCAUCUUCCCCUGUUCCGAUGUCCCCCGAGGAGUUUGCAAAAUACAAUGCAAGCGUCGAGAGUCUUGGUACUGACCGGGCCAAACCGAGGAGCAGAAGCCACACCAAAGGCAGAUCACGCGCUCGUGACUCUUCCACGACAGAAAAUCGUCAACGUUCCACAUCUAGAGGAGUUGAUAAGAAGAAUAAGGCGCGUAGUCGCAAUUCCAGUCGUCGACGACACAGCCGAGGGCGUAGUAGUGACAGGAAUAGAUCUGUCCUGCAAUCUCCUAGCUCGCCUCUGCCGAUGUCACCAUCCGAAGAACUGCGAGGGUUUGAGGAAAGUCUGCGCUUUGUCACAAGCGAUCGUGAAAGGCUGCAAAGGUCUCAACCAAGAAGUUCAAGUCGCCGUGCAGACCGUGGAACCAGUACCCGGCGUGAUGCAUCACCCGACAAACGACGACCCAGAGCUCGAUCAAGCAGCCGUCAGGCCCCCGGAGCCCAGCCCACUUCUGAGCUCACUCCGCAGCUCACCCCACAGCAUCCUCCCGCAGAGUUAGUGGAAGAGCCACAAAAGCAAGGUUCUGGGAAUGAAUCUAGUAUUUUGAGCGCAGAUGAGCGGGUCAGGAGAGAGCUGGCAGCUGCGGAGCUUGAAGCACGACGUCUAUCCCUUGCUCGACGCCCCUCUGCUCCGAACAUCCCUCGGCCUGGUGACUUUAAGGCGAAUUCAAAUACCACGUCCAUGGGUGGCAAGGCUCCAGAAAGUCCCCCAUCAUCUGGUGGAUCAUUUGGCCGACGUAUGCGAUCCCAGAGCAACGCCAGUAAGCGGUCACCAGAGAUACCCAAUGGAUCCGAUUCAAGCUCGUCCUCUCAUGGCCGAACCGGGCCUCUCGGCUUACCUGCAACCCCGAAAGCGAUGCGGCAUCCUAAAUACAGCGAUGGAUAUCUUGAGGAGGAGGUCCCUGCUGUUCCAGGAAUACCAUUGACGCUGCCCAAUACGGUGUAUCAAUCAGAAGCCGCAAGUAUUAGUCGGUCUAUGUCCGUCCCGGCCAUUGAAUUCCAAAACCCAGCACCCGUUGAUAUUCCUCAUCAUCCUCGGUACAUCCCAGGACUUCCGAGAAGCAGAUCGACAAGCAGAACUCGUGGCCCACGAGGGCAUCGGCGUGAGAAUUCUCGGGAGAUCGGGUCUGUUUCUUAUGGAUCCCCACCCUUACCUGUCAAUGUCGAAAACGAGAUUAUUAUCGACAACACGAAGGUAUCCCCACCUAUUCUUCCAGAGCUACAGCACCUGACUACACCACCACCGCCUCCCCCUGUCCCAAGUUCCAGCGGUUCAAGGCUGAAGGAUCCCGCUUCCAUUGGUAAUGUUAUGGAUAAUUCCCGUGCGGGUCAUGAAAUUUUGCGACCCGUCACGACUGGCGCCGAUACUCAGCACUCGCGCAGGAUUUCGACUGAUCAUAGACGAGGCCGCAGCAUAAACGAAAGUUUUGCGACAAAGAUCCGAAAUUUCACAGGCCGGAUGCGAAGCAACAGCCGUGGUCCCAGCGUACGGUCUCCGCCGACAGAGUCUUCUGAAAAGACAGCAGUCUCUCCAUAUGAGAGCAUUCCCAUGCCCAUUGAAAAUGCAUUCUAG